CUUAAACUGCGCAUGCCUAAAAUAUCAGUAGUGCUGUCGAUUGCUGUAAAGCUGCGCAUGUGCAAAAGAUCGAGAUUGAUCAUGUGCUGUCGAUUGCUGCACGCUAAGCCGCAGCCGUGCAAAAACUCCCUCAUUCGAAAAGAUAUAGCAAUGAAGGGUACUUUACGAUUAUCUGGAGGCUGUGCAAAUGUGCAACCUAAGCACGAGCCACCACAGACCGGCUACAUUCCAGGAGUGUAGUCGUUAAAUAAAAAGUUAAUUGUUGGUGAUCACACCAUUCAAGUUCAUGAGUUGAAGAAAAAUGUUCUUUAUAUGGUAGAAUGCACCAUGCUUCAAUGUAGUUUCUUCCAUCAAGAGAGUUCCACUCACUUUCAAUUCACUUUGCAACGUGUAAGGAGGAAGAUAAAAGAAAAACGAAAUAAAAUAAAUAAACCGAGGAGGAAAAAUAUCUUGAUGAAAGGUACCCAGAAGUGAAUGGCACCAGUACAUUUUGGAGGAAACUUAUUCGUAGACCAUUCUGCUUCAAAUUCGAAGUGUGUGGCAGGUGUGAGGGCUGUGGAUGGAUUUAGUGAUCAGCAAAUAUUCACUGGAUAUAAAAAAACACUGUUUUUUACGAUCGUAGCUGGGGCAAAGUCUCUGAUAGGCAGUCGCAGAAGUCUUCGUCGUACUCGUUGGGCAGGUGUAUAAGAGCCAAAGCGUCAGCUGAGUAAAAACGUGCGCUGGCGUGCGCAGAGCGUGCGUGCGGGCCGUGCGGGCCUUGGUGUACGAAAGUGUUUUGUUUGUUGAACAGGUGUGUAAGCAUUGAAUUCGUGUUGCACUGUUAACUCGAAAAGUGAAACAUAAUUAUUAAAGCAGCUUCAGUUAUUAUUGUUACAUUUACAUCAGUGUUAAUAUUUUAACAUUUUUUGUGCUCUGAAUGAUUGUAAACGGACGAUCGUUACUGAUUUGUAGAGAACUGUUUCGCAUAUUGCAUGCUUCGGGGAAAUAUCGUUUUUUCUCUCAGUCACCAAACAUGGCAAAAAGUAAAUAUGAAUACGUGAAAAAUUUUGAACUUGAUGAUACAUGCCUUCCUAAUUGUUGGAUUGUUAUAAGAAUUGAUGGAAGGUCUUUCCAAAGAUUUGCUGACAUUCAUGGUUAUGUUAAACCAAAUGAUAUAAGAGGACUGAAUUUGAUGUCUCGUGCUGCAACUUGUGUGAUGGAUGAAUUUCGAGAUAUUUGUCUAGGUUAUGGUCAGAGUGAUGAAUUCACAUUUGUGUUCAGAAAAGACACCAAUCUGUUCAACAGACGCGCAUCCAAGCUAAUGAGCACUGUCAAUAGCUUAUUUGCAUCUUCAUUUGUGUUUAAUUGGAAUUCAUAUUUCGGUCCAAUUCGUUUACAAUACCCACCUUGCUUUGAUGCUAGGGUAGUUCUGUAUCCAACUGAUAAGAACUUGCGUGAUUAUUUAAGUUGGAGGCAAGCGGAUGUUCAUAUAAACAAUUUGUACAAUACUGCGUUUUGGUCUUUGGUGUUGAAGAAAGGCUUCACAAAUGCUCAGGCAGAAGAAAGGUUGAAAGGUACUGUUGCUUCGGACAAAAAUGAACUAUUAUUCUCAGAAUUCGGUUUGAAUUACAACAAUGAACCAGCUGUAUAUCGUAAAGGGACCAUUCUCAUCCGAAAACUGUGCAAACAGCCACCAGAAGGAAAAUUGCGGCCAAUUAUAUUACCUUUCUUUACCGAUAUGAUUGGAGACUCGUUUUGGAAGGAGCAUCCUGAAAUACUUGGUUUGAAGUCUCUAGCAAUUUAUCAUCCACCUUCAGAAGAUCUACCUAAUGAGACUAACAAAAAGUCAUCAAGCCCACCAGGUUUGAAAAAUGGUCCCCCUGUUACUAAAUCUGUGUCAAGUGAAUCUGUAGAAAAAAGUGAUAAGGACAGUUAAGUUUUCCAAAUUAGAGUUUAUCCUAUUUUUUCAAUGUUCUGUUAAUUUUAGUUGUGCAUUUCUGAAGCGUACCAGAUUUACAUUCCUACAGUGUGUGUGUGUGUAGUUACAAAAACUGAAAAUGAAUUUCAGCAAGUGUGUCAGUUUUACUAUUGAAAGGUGCUGAGUACUGAUUGAAUAGUACUGUUCCUCUUGAAAUUGACUUUCUAUCUUUAUUCAAGCUUUUCUAGGGAGCUAUUUUGUAGGGAGUACAUAGUUCGUAUUAUCUUCAAAGGUUGUGUUUGGUCAUUCAGAGGAUGAAGUGAUAUGCUCUUGUGUUUGUAGCUGUUAGUAUUGGAGCAUUAUUAUAUUGAUUGAUAGUGCACUGUGUGUAGUGUGAACCAUUCUGUUAUUGUUUAAUUUGUUGCUUACAGUUCCUUAAAAUUCAUAUUUAUAUAAUUAAACCUAUUAGAAGUAACACAUUACAUAGGUCACAAACUUAUACAAUGGCCAUGGGCCAUUACUGACAAUUUUGUUAUGUUCCAAUAUAUCGGAACAGUACUUGUUGUAAACUGUCCAAAAAAAAAUUGAUCAACUGAAUAGGACCAGUAGCUUGGUUUGGGUUUUGUCAGUGAAUAUGUACAUCACUCCAUAUCAAUUUCAUUUUUUUCUUAAAAAUAAUACUCAAUAUAUAAUGGUAUACUCUCAAGCCCUGUUGUUCUGGGCACCACCUUCCUCUUCCGAGGAAGUUGAAUUAAUUUAGGAAACUUUACUGGCAAUGGGAGGCUAGUGGUUGCCUGCACUUGAUUGGAAAUGAAAUGUAAAUUAACUGGCAUAAACUACAUCAUGCUUUACAUUUCUGUGUAAGAUAUUCGUCUGCUUGACCAUGUAUUUUGGACCUUUAAGGAAGGGUAAUAUUUCUGCAGCUUGAGUCUUUGACUGUUCAAUUGGUACCUAGGCAGGUCUGCUAAAACAACUACAGUUGUAACAUUUGGUUACAUUUUGCCAAUAUUUGUACAUAGGGUUUCAAAUCCAAAUCCUAAAUAUAUGACGAAUUAUUUAAAUAAUAAUUAAUUUUUGUUGCAUUUGUAACAUUUCAGAAUUGUAGCAAUGUAAACUUCAACCUGAAAAACAUACAUUUUAGCAAUUUUCUUAUGAAAAAAAAUUAAUUUUAAGAACAAAAUGAAUUAUAGUAUGGUCAUAAAUGACUUUUGAAAUGAACAAAUUGACCAGCAGUCAAUGAUCACCAGCAGUCAGUCAGCAGUAUAAUGAUGCACUGUAAGCAACUUUCUUUGUCAGCUGGCAUGAAUAAAAAUGUGCUACAUUUCCCUGUCUGCUAGCUUUAUUAAAAUUUUUAUUUAUACGUGACAGAUUUUGAUUUUUUCAAAAGAUUACACAUUUUAUCAACUCGACUGAUUAUGAAAAAAUAGUGGUGACAAUACUUUAACAGAUCCAAAUUCUGUUUUAAGUUCAUUACAAUUGCGUAAUAAUCUCAUGUGUUUUAAAUCAAUAUGGUUACAUUUUCAUGAUUUAACAUUAUUUUUUUAAACAGUCUGUUACAUUUGCCAGAUGAGGAUUUGGCAACCUAUGGUCAUGCUAAUGAUUGAUCUAUCUUACAGCAACCUUGUUGAAGGGAAACGUGACAUGAAAGUGGACAUUUUUCUGUACAUUUAAUUUUUAUUUUGGAUCAUAUGCAGGCAGCAUUUGUUUAACCCAGGAGGUUGUGUCUUGCUUAUGAACGCAAUGGGCAGCAGGAGAGAAAAAGAGCCCCAAAGAAGGUUUUGAUGAUUGGCGUUUUUUUUAACAUCAUGAAAUAAUAUAAUUUGGUCUAUAAAUGAAAGUUGCAUAUUUCAUUACAUUCAUUGUGAAUUUCUUUUUUUUUAAUUAAUUGAUAAAAUUUAGAAAAUUCGACAUAUAGUGUAUUUGUCCAAAAGAAGAACUCUACACAAGGAAAGAGACCUUGUAGAAGGCAGUCAAUCUUUGAGGACAAGAAGUCUGAAAUAACGUCCCCCUCCUCGGGACAGAGGUUCAGACUGCACUGGUAACCUACCCGCGUAAAAAGUUAUUUAGUAGCGGUGUCCAGAAUAAUGGUCUUGGAAUAAUAACUAUGGGGAUGAACCAUGCUGGAGAUACUGGAACAUCUAAGAAUACUUGAUAGUAGACUAUCAGCACUUGCAGAAGAUGCUGAAUAAGAGGAAAGUCUAGAAAAAAGUGGACACAGGAACAGGUUAAAGAAUCUAACCCUUGGAAGUGCUGAAGAAAAAGUAUUUGGCUAUAUGAAGUUUGUUAACUAUUGAAUUAAAAAAAAAAAAGAGAGAGAGAGAGAGAGAAAGGGAAAUGUUUUAGACUUUCGAUAAACAGUCAGCAUGUAUUUCAAACAAUAGUAAUUGUUUGCAUAGUUUCCGCUAAUAAACAAUAGUUGUGAUUUGCAUUUGAUUUUUGUAGACAUUCUAUACUCGGAAUGUGUUGCAGUCCAAACUUCCAAGGUUUAUUUCACUUCUUAUGUGAUUUCUCUCUUGCACAUUAGCUCGUGCUGCUUUUGAUUGUAAAUAAUGAGUUAAAAUAAGAAUCAAGAGAGAGAGCUAAUUUUCUAGUGAUGCAACAGAAGAAUAUCAUUAAGCAUUUCCUUCAUUAUCACUUGGUCCAGUGGGUUUAUCCCCCUGAAAGUUAUCAUGAAUUGUUACUGGAAAUGGUCAUUGCAAGAAAUGUGUCCGCAGGAUGUUAUCAUUGCAGGGUGCAAUUCUAAGAAUUGACAGGGCAAUAAAAUUUGCAGAUAAAGGCUAGAAGGGUACUGAAAAUCACAAUGUGAACUAUUCUGAAACCGUUCAUAUAAAAAUAUUGCAUGGGAUCCAAAUUCUCCCCAUAAAUCUCCUGGGUUAAGUACAUUUUUCCUACGUCUCCCAUUAUGCAGUCAGAGUAGUAGUUACAAAAUUAUUUUCAACAAUUACAAUAUUUAGUGAGUUAUCUCUGCUGGAAGUUAUUUUAAAACUAGUGUUGAAAUUUUGUAAAAUUGUAAAUUAUCUUGUGCAAAACUAUACAAGACACUUGGAAAAUGAAAUCUACUUUUUAUAUGAAUGGAAAUUUGCUUUAUUUUGGGGGUGAUCUAAGUUAACAAUAAUGCAUUUUAUAAAAUACUUGAUAAUAGGUAAUUUUUGUAUUUGUUUUGCAUUCAUAGCUCCAAAAAAUCCAAAACAUGAUGAAGCAGAAAAGCUGCAAACUGGACACAAGAGACAAAAAAAAAAGUUUAAUUAAGGAUUGAAAACUCAUGUAAGUUUGAGGAUGUUUUCUCCAAUUUAAGGUUUCUGAAGUUUAUCCAGAAUUUUAAGAAAAAGACCAAAAAUGACCCUAUGCUUUAACAAACAGCCUUAAGAUUUACCCUAUCCUGGAUUGCAGAGGCAAAAUCCUAAAAAUUAAGUUUCUAUAAUUUUUGAAUGGUGAUGAGAUUUCACUCAGCAAAUGGCAAACGCAAUUUAAAAGUAAUAAAGUCAGCCAGGAUUAUCGGGCAUCUGUCUCUUCACAUUUGAUCUUUGAUGGUGAAACAAGAUUAUAAAAAGUGAAGGGAUAAAUGCAAUGUGCUAUAAAGUAAGUGCUUUGUCAAACUGUGAUAUGUAUAUUUUCAUUAUAAUGAAAGUAUUACUAGUAUUGUAAUAACCAUUCUUGAGACCUGAAAUUGAAGACACAAACAGGACUACUUUACCAAUGUUUUUAUCUUUAAGGUCUUCAAAUUAUUCUCAAACAUUAUUUGAUGUUCACCUGUGCAUAAACAUUGUAGUAACCAAUUAUUUAUCAUGUUUCUUCGUCUUCCAUGAAAUUCAAUUCUGGACUACUGGAGUUGGUUUACCAUAAACAUUUGGCAGCUCAAAAGAGGAAUGAAAUUAGACUGCCGAAAGUAGAGAUAAUGUAAAUCAUUCUGUGUUGCAUUUUAACAAAUACAGAUAGAACAAGUGCCCAUGUUUAUUUACUUGGUUAAUAAUUAUUUUGCACUCAUUGGCAAUAUAGAUACUCUUCAAAUGAAAGCACAAAAAUUAAAUCAAUGAAGUUUAUUUAAAGGUUUAUAUAUACAUGUUGAAAUUAUUAGCCCAGAAAAUGGGAUUUUACAUACAUUUGUGCCUUUUCAGUUGUGAUCAUAUUGUGAUGUGAACUGAUAGACAAUUUAGAAUAAAGUUUUUACAAAAAA